AUGCAAGUCAAGCGUCUCGCUCUCUUCGCGGUCAGCGCCGCUGCCGCUGCCCUUCCCGCCGAGUCGGAGCCUUACUACGACGAGACGACCAACACUCUCUCGGAGCGUUCCGUCAAGAACGAGAUCUUCGGCCGCACCACCAACCCCCAGGGCCAGGUCUGCAAUGCCGACAACGCCCUCCGCAACCUGCGCGACGCCCGCUACAGCGUCAGCGCGAGCGCCUUCUGCUCGACCUGGAUCCAGUCGACGGUGACCGACACCGACUACGCCGUCGCUACCACUUACAACACGGCGACUGUCACCCCUGAGGCUGCCACCAUCACUGACCACGCUGUUGUCGGCGCCACCGUGACCACGGGCACUGACACGGUCACGGUCUACACCACGAUCCCCCCGGCCGGCCCGUACAAGCGCGGUGAUGGUGCUUACCCGCCGUGGCUGUCCGCCAGCUACCCGGCCGAGCGUGUGAGCAGUGCUUGCUCGUGCUUCAUCUCGUCGCCCUCGCCCGCGAUUCACCAGACCGUUACCGUCACCACCUCGACUCAGACCCUCACCAACACGGUGACUGGUGAGACGCCCACCACGACCAUCACCGAGACCUCGACCAGCACGACCAACGUUGCCGCCACGGCCACGUCUGUCAUCACCCGUCGCUGCGGCGUCGUCGGGUGCGGCAAGAUCCUGUCCACCAUUGAGGCCAGCCUCCAGUACAACACGCUCGCCGCCUGCAAGGCUCGCUGCCUGGCUGUUCCCAGCUGCAAGUCCUACUCCUUCGGCGGCCCUGGCCUGCCCAUCUGCACCCUCGGCAAGGUCGCCGCGAAGGAGUUCUACUCUGAGCUCAGCCCCAUCUUCCCCCAGUGCAAGCUGACCAAGCUCUACGAUGCGACCUGCGGCCAGUAA